AUGCUCACCGAUUUCGAGGCCUGUGACCGAUUGGUGCGAUCGUGUACCGAUGCCGCGAGCUGCGAUCUCGCGCGCCGCCACAUCCUCCACUGCGGCUAUGGCGGAAAUCUACACCUCGCCAAUCUCCUGCUCCAGAUCCACGGCCAGUGCCGCGAUCUGCCCGGCGCCCGCCGCGUCUUCGCGUCCAUCCAACGCCCUAAUCCCCUCUCCUGGAACAUCAUGCUCGAUCUGUGCGCCAAGAAUGGAUCGCUCCAAGAAGUGCUCGAAAUCUUCGACGCGAUGCCGCGCAAGACCACCGCCUCGUGGAACAUCCUCGUCGCCGCGAUCGCGCAGCUAGGGCGCAUCGAUCUUGCUGCCGCGGCCUUCGAAUCCGUGCCAUACCCUGACGUGAUCUCCUGGAACACGAUAAUCACAGCUUACACCUCCAUUGGACUGCUAGGCCACGCCCGCCGCUACUACGAGGCAAUGCCCGAGAGGAAUCUAGUAUCCUCGAAUGCGAUGAUUGCGGCAUAUUCCCGGGCCGGGCAUCUGGACGACGCAAAGCGAAUCUUUGACAGCAUGACGCAGAAGAAUAUUGUGUCAUGGACGUCGAUGCUUACGGCAUAUACCCAUGGUAGGCAUCUACGAGAUGCUCGCCGCGUGUUUGAUUCUAUGCCGGAGUGGAACGUCGUGGCAUGGUGUGCUAUGAUCACGGCUUAUUUCCAAUCAGGAUCUCUGGAGAGUUCAUGGGAAUUUUUUAGGGAUAUUCCAGAACCUAACAUUGUUGCCUGGAAUGCAAUAAUCUCAGCCGUUGCAAUGAGUGGAGAUUUGGAUCAAGCGUCAGAAAUGUUUAAGAAAAUCCCCCAGCGUAAUAUCGUGACGUGGACAGUGUUACUUGUGGCAUAUGCCCAGGCAGGGUAUGUGGAGGAGGCCAAGUAUGUGUUUGAUAGGACGCCCGAAAGGAAUCUGGAAAUGUGGACCGGGCUAGCAAUGGCUUAUGCCCUCACUGGGCAUACUGAGAGUCUCCGAGCGCUUGUAGUGAGCCUUCCAUUUUGUAAUGUGGUAUCUGACACAGCCCUUCUAUGGGCAUAUUCCCAGCUUGGGAAUAUCCAAGCAGCAAAAGAAGUGUUUGAUCAAAUGUGCGAAAGGAACGAGAUUACGUGGAACUCUAUGAUCGCUGCUUAUGCCCAGACUGGGCAUCUUUCAAAGGCACGGAGCUUGUUUGAUGCGAGCGAUGGUCGAAGAUCUAACCUUGUGAGCUGCACGACUAUCAUACAAGCUUAUGUCUGCUGUGGAUAUGCGAAGGAAUCUCUCUCGCUGUUGUUUGAUGCCAUUGUGGAAGGGAUCGAGCUCGAUUCCAUCGUGUUUGUGAGCGCUCUCGUGGCGUGGGGCCUUUGCGGAUCUAUCUACAAAGCCAUGAAGUGCUUCGUUUCAAUGCAACAGGACUAUGGCGUUGAUGCUAGUGCCCAACACUGGCAUUGCAUCGUGGAUCUUCUCGCUCGCAAUGGGAAAUCUGUGGAAGCUACCGAGCUUUUGGCAAGCAUGCCUUUCGAGCCCGAUAGUGUGGGUUACACGAGCUUGCUGGAAGCUUGUGACACUCCUGAAAGUGGGAUUACCAAUGCCACUGCCAAGAACUUCGCGGAGAUCCAGCCUCACAGUGCUACUCCUUUAUUGUUGCUGUCCAAGAAACUAACGUUUACACAAUAA